AUGAGCUAUGUUGGUAUAUUUUGCCCCUUUAAAAACUACCCUUCUGGAAAGAGUUUCCCGCCGCCGGGGCAGGAUGAGGGGCUUCGGCAACAGCAACCAGAUACAGAGGCUGUGCUAAAUGGGAAAGGCCUCGGUACCGGCACUCUUUACAUCGCGGAGAGCCGCCUGUCUUGGCUAGAUGGUUCUGGAUUAGGAUUCUCACUGGAAUACCCCACCAUUAGUUUACAUGCGGUGUCCAGGGACCUAAAUGCCUAUCCUCGAGAGCAUUUGUACGUUACGGUGAAUGCCAAAUUUGGAGAAGAAUCAAAAGAAUCUCUUGCUGAUGAAGAGGAGGAAGACAGUGAUGAUGAUGUUGAACCUAUUACUGAAUUUAGAUUUGUACCUAGUGAUAAAUCAGCAUUGGAGGCACUGUUCACUGCAAUGUGUGAAUGCCAGGCUCUGCAUCCAGAUCCUGAGGAUGAAGACUCAGAUGAUUAUGAUGGUGAAGAAUAUGAUGUGGAAGCACAUGAACAAGGGCAGGGUGAUAUCCCUACAUUUUAUACCUAUGAAGAAGGAUUAUCCCAUUUAACAGCAGAAGGGCAAGCCACACUGGAGAGAUUAGAAGGAAUGCUUUCUCAGUCUUUGAGCAGCCAGUAUAACAUGGCUGGGGUCCGAACAGAAGAUUCAGUACGAGAUUAUGAAGAUGGCAUGGAGGUAGAUACCACACCAACAGUUGCUGGACAGUUUGAGGAUGCAGAUGUUGAUCACUGAAAAUGAUUUGUGCUGCUUUAAUGUUCUGCUUAUAACUGUACGAGAGAACUUGGUGCCUCUUCCACUUUGGAGUGGGGUUGAUGAAAGUCUUUCCUUCUCCAAAACUCAACAUUUAAACCAGUUCUUUCUCAAGACAAACUAUACUGAGACAGCAGGUUGUCAUCAGCAGAAGGAACAAUGAACUUUAUUAACAAAGGUGAAUUAAUUCAACCAAGGGGGUACUUGUAGUUUAUGAUUUACCCUAAAACUUUGUGUCUAGGUACCCUUUGAGUGGGCCUAUAAUUCCUGCCAUCGCUGUAUGAAUCAUCUGUAUGUUAGCAGACCGGUGGUAAAGAUGCCUAGGAGCUUGGAGUGUGGGAAGAAAAGGCAAAGAUCUCAGAAGGAACAGCCUUUGUUGUUCUCCACAGAGACAAGAGUCUUUUAAUGAUUUGGGGACCGAAUUAAUUAAUUCAGACCUCUGUAGUAACCUCUUGGGAAAUAUCCCAGCUAUAGAUCCUGCUGCUGACACAAGUGUUUCUGGCUAGCUUCUACUCCUUCUGACCUCUUUUACCAGUCUGCCCUGUUAUAGCCUCUUAGGUUAUAUCAUUUAAUUUCUACCCUCUUAGGUUAGUUUUCUGGAACAGAACAAGUGAACUGAAAUGAAGUCCUCCAAGUACUUCUAAUGAUAAUUGUUUUGUCUUUGUAAUAGCUUAGCAAAUAAAUCUACAUUUUCUAUAAAAAAAAAAAAACAAAAAAAAAAACUACCCUUCUGGGGCUGGGGA